CUCUGGCUCCCGCCUUCGCCCGCUUCCGGUCGUCGUCGUCGCCGCUGCUGCCGCUGCUGCUGCUGCUGCUGAGGCUGCUGGCGGAGGCCGGAGGAUCGGGCGGCGGCGGCGGCGGCGGCUGAGAGGGCGGCGGCGGGAGCGGAGCGGGACGAGGGAGCGAGAGGAAGCAAGCGUGGAGCGAGCGGAGCGCGCCCAGCCCCGCCCGCCCUUCCGCUCGCCGGAGCAGCCGGAGCAGCCGGAGCAGCCGGAGCAGCCCGGGCCCCCAGCCGCCGCCGCCGCCGCCGCCGCCGCCGCCGCCGCCGCCAGCCCGCCCGCCCGCCGGACAAAGCCCGAGAGCCCGCGCCCAGAGCCAUGUCCUCGUCCGCCGGCAGCGGCCACCAGCCCAGCCAGAGCCGCGCCAUCCCCACGCGCACCGUGCCCAUCAGCGACGCCGCGCAGCUACCUCAUGACUAUUGCACCACGCCCGGGGGGACGCUCUUCUCCACCACGCCGGGAGGAACCCGAAUCAUUUAUGAUCGGAAGUUUCUGUUGGAUCGUCGCAAUUCUCCCAUGGCUCAGACCCCGCCCUGCCAUCUGCCCAAUAUCCCAGGGGUCACCAGCCCUGGCACCUUAAUCGAAGACUCCAAAGUAGAAGUAAACAAUUUGAACAACUUGAACAAUCAUGACAGGAAGCACGCAGUUGGGGAUGAUGCUCAGUUUGAGAUGGACAUCUGACUGCCCUGCAGGAUCGCAGAAAAGCAGCAGCGCCAAGGCUGUGUGCACCGGAUUGGGCCCAUAGGAUCAACAUGAACAGACAAGGGGCAGUGCCAGCAGUCCCAAUGCAGCCCCCAUGUCUCCCUCUUCUUCCUUCCUCUGGGUGCCAAAUGAUGCGAAGAUGAACUUCAUCUGACCAUUUCCUCUCCCUGUUUCCUGUCCCCCUUCCCAGUCACACAGAUUCGAUCCCAAGUCCUUGGCAUAUUUUUGUAGACAUAAGCAGCCCACAGAGGGAAACCGUUACACUCUGGCUUCCGUAGUCACUUUACAUUUGGGAAAAAAUCUGUCGUCCCUGCUCCCACCCCUCAUUUUUUUUUCGAAUCCCCAAUCGAAUAUCAGCCUGUCAACAAUCGCCUGGCUGGGAAGUCUGGGGAAGCAAUAUUGAAGUUUUGGUGGGUUCAGCAUUAUCUGUGUUCUGACCCUCUACCUGCCUUCCCCAUCCUUGCCCCCCACCUGUGGUUCAGAGCUGCAAGAGUCUGCGUGUUUGGGGUCUUCACAACCAUCGGAGGGAAAUGAUAAAUGAAAAGAGAGCCACUCUCCCUCUUACCUUGAGCUGUUUGUCCUUAGGGGCAGAACACAGUUUAUAAAGCUCUGGUAGCAUGUGACGCUCUUGUGAGGUCCCCUUCCCCCUCUUCCUCCGGCAGGAGUGUCUCCUGUCUUUGAUCUUCUGGUUCAGCUUCCCAGUCCUUCACUUAGCACAUCUGAGUGGGAAGGUCUGAGCCCUACCCCAGGGGGGAGGCCUCGGUAAGCAGCAGGGCUCUCCUCUUCUCCUUCCUCCCUGCUGGUGUCCUGUAAGCAGUGGGGCUCUCCUCUUCUCCUUCCUCCCUGCUGGUGUCCUGUUGCUCGCUGGUGCCCUUAUAUCUGAGCCACCAGGGUGAUUCUGCUGCUCCCAGAACAGGCCAAGUGACAGGUGCUUUGGGGGAGGCCUAGUCAUAAUCUGCCAGUGACACUGGAGAGUGACCGUGGGAGUGUGCGGAACCAGGUACUCAGUCUCAGUAGUCCUUGCCUUCUAGUCUCCUGAGCUUUGCCAUGCUUGCUAUCUUCCUGCAGUUUCUUAUAUUUGGAAUUUAAAAAGGUGACUUUCAGAAUGCUCUUAAGAAAGAACAAAACUUUUCCUUUGUGGACCUGCUCAGGCUGCUGGGAUAGAUAGGGACGGGCUUACAAGUGGGUUCCUCCCAGUUCUCUUGCCUUUCCCCCAUCGGACUUGGGGUUGUCCCUCUUCCUCCCUCCCUCCCUCCCACCCACCUCUCUCUCUCUCUGCUAGGCCAUUUUUCAAGUACACAUCAAAGAUACCUCAAGUGUUGGUAUCUGAUAAUAUCUCACUCCUCUUAUCUGAGGAGUGAUCUUUUAUUUUUAAGAUGACUACAGACCUAUUUUUCGAUAUGUUUUCAAUACGAUUUUGAACAGCAACUUUUUGAUUACACAUCUUCCAGUGUUAGGGAGGUGAGAAACGUCCACAGGCGAGUCUGCUGUUCCAUGUCACCAUCCUUUGUCUCCCCCAGUCCCUGAUGAGCUCUUUGCUUCUCCCUCUCGUUUGGGGUGUGCGUGUUUGCAGUUUGUAGUGGGUGGUUUGUAAAACUGGACCAUUAUGCCUUGCCGUGGGUUGUUCACGAGAAGCCUCGUUUUUCACCCCCCCCUCGCUUUUUCAUGUCCCCCGAACCCCCCCCCGCCACGCCCUCCCAGCUGUUGACUGGCACGAUAAACCCGGGACAGUGGGACAGUGACCCCCUUGUAGAAAGACUAACACCUCUGUCUCCUAGACCAGUAGAGUAGCCGCUGGUGUCCUGGGAAUUUCUGGUUGCAUUUGGUGCCCUGAACCCUCUCAUUAAGAGAUCACAUCCCAGGGUGAGAGGAACAGGCCAACUGGCUUAAGAAAGAGAGCUGUUAGUUUUUCUUUUGAACUCUGAAAAGACCCUGUUUAUGAACACAUUUUAGAAGAGAGGAAGGCUGUCUGAGGAACUUUGUUCUGUUUUCUACUACAAAAUGUGAAUAGUUCAGAGAGUGAACCUUUUGUGAUGGUUGAUGUUUCUCAGGAAUAAGCUGGCUCUCCAAAAUUUGGGGGAUGCUUUCAGACUAAAAAAAUUAAUCAGAGAAGCAUUUUCUUGUCUUUUUGUAAUGUAUCCUUGUUCUCAUUUUAAUUAAACUCCGAAUUUCGCUUUCCAUACUCUUAGAAAAACUUGAGUUGCACUGUCAUUUGCAUGAGAAACUUAAUCAGCACCCCUCUGUCCCCUGGAAGCUUGAUUCUUUGGGAAUGAAGCUUCUUGUCCUUCAUAGCUGGCUUUGGCAUCCUGUGGAACCCAGCUCCAACUCCAGCAGGUCGAGCAGUGAGCAGAAGUUUGCCCCUUCUUGAUCUUCAUCGGUACACAUGAAAACUUGGCCUCCUCGCUGAGCAGCGGGGGAGUGGAUUUAAAACAUGCCAGCUUGAGUAAUAUUGAGGUGCCCUUUUCCCCCUUUUCUGCCAUCUUGGGGAAUCUCUCCACAUAGCUCCCUAAUCGGAGGCCGUUUUUCUAGUAUUUGUGGCGAGCGUCAGCUGCAUGAUAGAGCAGCGGCCCGAUCCUUCAGCCUUUUCUGCAAGGACCUAUUGACUGGUUGGUACUCUUCUAUCCUGGAGGCCACCGCUGAGAGAUACCGUGACCUGCAUGAAUCUGUGUUUUAAAGAUGGUUUGAGAAGGCAACAGAUUAACUUGUAAUGGAUGACACCUUUGUGCCAUGCAUCACAAAAUGUUUUUUUUUUUUCUUAGGGCGAGCCACAUCCAGAAGAAAGUGAUCUGUCCUGGCCUUCUCAUGGGGAGGGAGAACCCUUAGGGGGCCAUUAGCAUGAAAUGGUUUGUAAAAUCUUAGUGAUCAUUUGCUCUUUUGAUGAGGAAACCAUGUUUCUGUACCUUUGAGGACAAUCCAUCUUAAUGAGAAAUGACCUUGUCCCUCCAAAUUCCAGCAAGAGACAUGCAAUUGUCUUGGUACAAGUAAGUGUCUGUGCUACACUAUGGUUUGCUGAGAUCACCACUUCUUUGUAUUGUUUAGCUAAACGUCCUCAAGAUCAUACGGCCGAGCAGCUGGCUUUUUGGUGCUGGGCUGUGAAGCCCAGAGUUUUGUCCUUCCACCUGUAUUGGUUCUCUAUUGCUGUGUAGCAGAUUACCCCCAAACUUUAAAUCUUAAAAGAGCAAACCUCUGUCAGCUUCUGGAGGUUAGGAAUUGGAAAACAGCUUAGCAGGAUGGUUCUGGCACAGGGUUGCAGGAAGUUGUAGUCAAGAUGUUGGCAGGGACUGCAGUCAUCUGGGGCUGGAGAAUCUACUGUGCUCUCAUUUUUGUGGCUGUUGGCAGGAUGCCUGGGUUCUGUCCAUAUGGGUCGCUCUGUAGAACAGCACACGUGUCCUCACACCAUAGCAGCUGGCUCCCCCCUGAGCAGGUGAUCCCAGGGAGAGAACAAGAAGGAAUCUGCAGUGCCUUUCAUAGCUGUCUCUGAUAGCACACACCAUCACCUCUUGUGUUCCUUAGAAGCAAGCUAUGAAGCCUGGCCAACACACAAGGGGAGGGGAAGAUACCACCUAUGAAUGGAACAGUAUCAAAGAAUUUGAGGAUGUAUCUUAAAAUCACCUCACCCCCCCAAUAGAGGAUAAAGUCCUCCCAACAGGGGUUAGCUUAAACUAGAUAACACAAAGUGAUAUGUUGCUACUGUAUCUCCAAACUGGAUAGAAGACUGACACUCUUUCCCCAAAGCCACCUGCUGGUUUUGAGAGUGGUGACAAGAAAUGACAAUUCCCAAGAGAAUAAAAAGAGCUAUACAUUUGCCUGGCUAGCAGCGGUGCAAGGAUGCUUCAUUGGGAGUCCUAGGCUUGAUGUCUCUGAGACUCCUCCGUACCACAUCUUUGCAUCUCCCUUAGCCAGGAACUGAUAAAGGGAAUUCGAUCCUUCUUACCGAGCCACUAAAAUGGACUUAAAUUGCAGUCAGAGUUGCUAAACUAAAGGAAGAAAUGUGAAUGAGAUGUUGGGGUCCUGGGCUGAGUAAAAGCUUCACAGUUCAGAUUCAGGAUGAAGUAGGUGAUAGCAUCAGCAUCUGGAAGCCAGGUCCCUAUCAGAGUCGAUGUUAGCACUUGGGCCCUGCAGCCACACCAGCUGAGACAGAUUUGGAUCGGGUCUCCCCCAAGAAGCCACUUCUCUGAUGUGGUGGGGAACAUCUGGGAUUUAGAAAGGUCCAUGCUUGAUUGCUACUUUAAACCCACCAUGUAUCUUGACUGCUCACCUCCUCCUGGGCUCUCUGGUGGAAAUGUGUUCUUAAAGAGAAAGAAGCGGUCCUGGCUUCACCCUUGAGAGAAACAGGUGAGCCUAGUCCGUCGAACACAUACUCAGUGAAAGUCUGCUGGGUGUCUGGCGCCCAGGCCCAACCACGUUUUAGAGACUUGAGAGACAUCUACGAGAUGCACAUUCCCGUCUGGCUUUAAGCUCUGUCUCUUACUGGCAUCUUCUGGCCCUGCUUGGAGCAUGAACUUGACUAGGAAGCAUUGCUGCUGAGGCAGCCCUAAGAACAAGGGUACUUUCUCCACAAGUCAGGAGCCCCUCUUCACAGCACUUUCACCUGCAUUGUGAUUUUCCUUCUGAUUUUGAGAUGGAGUCAAAAUAGAUGGUCUUUCAUUUUCAUUUGAGCGGGUUACCAGCUCUUUGGGACCAUCCGACCUUUCCUGUUGGUACAUCUACACGCGGCCUGUUUGUGUGGGUUUCACCCCAGAACCCAAAUGGAAGCAUUACCCAUUCUCCCCUUCUUGGGUAUUCCACGGCGUGUCAAGCAUCUUGGCUGGUCGAAGCUGGGGCCCUGGGCCCUUUGCAUUGUCCUGCAGAGAGGCGGUCUGCUGCCUCUCCAUCUGGGUCAGAACUUGCCCCCCUUGGCAGGUUUCUGGACUACAGGCAUAGCAGCUGUUUAUUAAUCUGCGAAACCCAAUCACUUGCCCACCCAUGACAUCUGGGACCCGGUAAUCAUUUGAAGAAGCAUGGUUUCUUUGGGAGGGCAGUUUCUGUCUGGACUUUGGAAGGGGUGUGGUUAACCCUCCCCACCCCCGCCCCAUUCCCGAGUCUUUACUUCUCAGCUCUUAAUAAAGGAUGAAAUCAGAUCUUGAGGCAACUGGGUCACAAUUCUUUUUGAAUUCUUAUGCCCCAGGGGCAUUUCAUGUUCUAGUAAGGAUUUUCCAGUUUAGCACUGAGGUUUCCUUGAGGCUAGCUCAGGAAUUUCUUAGGGAGACUCUUAAGGGAGAUGGACACAAAUUUCUUUUUUCAAAGAAUCAUUCAUGUCACCUUUCUCGCCCUCUGGAAUUUAAAUUUCUUUAUCUGGGCUGGUCCUAGAAGUGAAUACCUAGCGGCGAAGCUAGAUUUAAGAGGUUUCUUGAGUCCCUGUUCAGAUGGUCUAUGGUUUUUCUUAGCUUACCCUCUGCUGACGCCCCCCCCCCCCCCAGCAGACCAUGGGGUAUGGAUGGCCAGUGGGAAAUGUUGCCGAGGUGAAACGCAGUUCCUAGGGUAUUUGAAUUCUCACUCUGCCGCCUUUCUAAGAGUGGGGAGGCUGACAGAUGCUGCAAUGCUUGAUAAUCAUUGGGCCACGCUGAAAUUUCCAAAGGGAGCUCUUGCCGGUGCUUACUCCCUGAAUUCCUGGACACUUCUGACUUAGAGUUCCAUGAAUCUAGCACAGAAUAUUCAUUCUUGCCCCCGGUGUAUCCCUUCCUCUACAUCUUAACCUUUAAAAACAAAAAACCCAAGCCCAGGCCAAGGGUAGUUUUUACUUGAAACCAGGAGGGUGGGGGAGGAACACAAAAUGAGGACGGGUUGUACUCCUAAGCCAUCCUGCUUCUGGUGGCCAUGUCCAAAUCACUGAGUACUGUGAGCCAGUGCCUUUCCUUCCCCUGAAGAUAGAGCACCCCCCCACCUCCCCCACCCCCCGCUUCCCACUUGGGCAUCCCAAGGGCAAGCCUCAUUGGAGGCAUCUUGGGGGAGCCCAGAGGACACUCACAUAUCCAGGUGUCUACUUGAGCAUCUUUAAAAUAUUUUGUAUCUGAAACAAAUGCCCUUCCCCAUCUUAGUGGCACCAGCGGCUCAGCUCCAUCCACUCUGAAUGGAAAGUAGAGACUGCCAGUACUUUCCUUGGUUUUCCCUUUGUCCUUUGAUGUCAUUGUCCUCUGCCCCCCCCACCACCUCCCCCUCCAUUUCACUGUCGUGGAUGGAUAGCAGAGGACACCAUGCCGUCUUGAGGCCGUCCUGUGUGAGUCCGUGAUCACUUCUGUUGGGGUUUUGUUGUUUUUGUAACUGUCCUAAACCAGCAGGUGUUUGGAAAUUAGGGGAAAAAUUAAAUUCUUACCAAUGGUUGCUGUUACAGUCAAAUCAAUAAAGAUCUUGAGUAUCAACUUGA